AUGACAGAUAAAGCAUCAAGUAUUUCAUAUAAUGAGUACCAUAGUACUGAAGAAGAUGAUACUCACAGUGAAGUUGCUAUUGCGACGACAACAAAACAAGGAAAUGGUUUAUGUCAACGAAUAAUUGACUCUUUUAAACG